AGUUGUGACUUUCAUUAGACAACAUAGCCACAGUCAAUACGACAGCAGAAAUGAAGGAUAUGAUGCAUGUAUUAUAUGUGUUUUGUUGUCUUCUACAUUACGCAGCAGUUUGGGGACAAAAAACAUGUGACUUCAUCAAGGUUUAUGAAAGCUAUGACAAUCACAAAAGAAUUCCAGAUUGUGCCAUACCAGAUGGGUUCCUUGGUGGCAACCUCCUCCACUCCCUAGGGCAGUGUUUCACAAUGGCAUGCCAUUUAAAUGCAAAUGUUAUACACUACGAAGAGGAAUACGAGUGCAGGAUCUUCACAUGUAAAUCCAACCAUCAUGAAACAGACUGGGAGUAUAACUGGAUAAAGGAAGAUAAGUCUGACAGAAAUAACACAGCCGUGACUUAUGCCCUGCCGCAUGACUACAGCAAAAGAUGUUACAAUUCAUACUUUGUAAGGAAAAUGUUGGACAAUGGAAGCAGUAUGAAGUCUGGAUGUUAUCUACUGACUAGAUAUAGAGAUGUUAAACGCCUUGAUAAAUGUAUGAUGAAAGCAUGUGAUGAUAAAGCAAACACCUUCAAUUUCAACAGUGAUGGAGACAUCCCAUGUGAAACAUUGCACUGUGGGUGGAAUAGAAAUCUAAAUGACUAUGACUUAAAACCCUUGAUCGAGGGCAAAGGAAAUGUGAGCACUUAUAGGCUAUCCCAUGUUUCAAAACCAUGCAACACUUUAUCAUGGAAUGACUCUGUGCAACUUCCCUUUGUGCAGCCAAGCUGUCAGUCAACCUUCUCAUUUAAAAGCACCAAGGCAGUCGAUAAAAAUCUUGAAAUGUUUUGUACUUUCGGGGCAAACACUUUCCAAGAUCAGACCAAGUAUUUAAAACACAUAAUUGGCUCUAGGUGCCCAAGCAAUAAGGAAGGAACAAAUUGGGAGUUUUCACCACAGAAGUAUACUUCUGAUCUGGAUCCAUCAACAAAAUGGUUGAAUAUACCACACCCAGGCAACCCUAACUGUCGCUCGUCCUACAUAUUUAAAAUAAUAAGUCUCAAAGAACAAAAUCAGGCAUCGAACUGUGGUCAUUCUAAAACCAUACAACAGGCAAGAGAUUUGAGGCAGUGUAUGCUUUACGGUUGUGAACUGGGUUUUAACGUCAUUAAUUACAGAAGUUCUUCAAAACAGGAUAGGAAAUGUGAACUCAGAAAUUGCAGCCAAAUUCAACCUGGCACAUAUGACUUGAAUUAUGUAAAUAGCACUGAUGUUGAUGUGUACGCACUUCAAAGACAUUACAAGCAUGAAAUAACUGUUCCAACAACUACACCUCAAACUCAUCGCAACGUAACACCAGAAACUCCCAAUAAUGUAACACCAGAAACCCAACCACAUGAAAGAUCAGUUGGCAUACUAGUUGGGGUAAUAGUAUUUCUGACAAUUGUUAUCAUAUUACUGCUCCUUGCCUUCCUAUUUUAUAUGUGUAAAUAUCCAGACACUAUAGGAAAUAUCAGAACAUUAUGUGCAAAUGGGAGACAAUCUGAAGAAGCGCGCCAGACAGACAAUACCAAAACUGAAAUGGACCAAAUUUCAAGGCAACUUCAAAAGAAUAAAAAGAUUGCAGAUAACAGUUCUGAAGAAAAUACAGGUGGAACUGUAAGAAGAAUAAGCCCCCAUAUAUUGGAAAGUGAUAACAAAGUGGAUGGAGCUACUGACAGUGGAAAGAUUGAUUAACCAGUCUUACAAAGAAAAGAUCGGAGGAUCAGAAUAUUAAACAAAACUCUAAAAUCAAAAACAAAAAGCUGCUUUGUUGAAUUUUUGACAGAUUAUUUUGAUUUUAAACUGUCUGUUAUGAUCAAAACACUGACUUGAAUUCUUUGGUAAUCUGUGAAAAAAAUGGGAAAAAAUCGAAACCCAACCAAGCUCAAACUAAAUAAAAAAGGGCUGCUCAAAUAAUUGCUAGAAGCCCUUAUAUAUAAGUAGAUAUCUAUAGACCUCUAGAAGGCUGUAACAUCUCACAUCUCUAACAUUAUGGCCUAGUUGCCUCAUGGCUGGCUUAUAAUGCUCAUGUAUUUGGACAUUUAUGAUGAAUAUAACUGAACCCUGACAAUAGCUCAAGUACCCAAGAUCAAACGCUGUGGAGUUGAGUUAAAUACUGUAGAUACCUGUAAUAUAUUUAGUGAUUUCCU